GUGGGGUCUGUCCCAGUCGGCUGUAGUGUACAGUCCUGGCGGGAGGGGCGGCCCACUGCGGGUCGUGCCUCCUGGAGCCGCCCCCGGGACGUGAGUCCUGGAGGAGGCGAGGGGUGCUCCAGUUGUGGAGAAGACUAUGAACAGGUCAGAGAACUUGUUCUUUACUGGCUCCUCAUUAGCAUCCCAAGUUCAUGCUGCUGCCAUUAAUGGAGAUAAGGGUGCUCUUCACAGGCUCAUCAUAGGAAACUCUGCCCUUAAAGACAAAGAAGAUCAAUUUGGGAGGACACCACUCAUGUACUGUGUGUUGGCUGACAGACUGGAUUGUGCAGAUGCUCUCCUGAAGGCAGGAGCAGAUGUUAAUAAAACUGACCACAGCCAGAGAACGGCCCUCCAUCUUGCAGCUCAAAAGGGAAAUUAUCGUUUCAUGAAACUCUUACUUACACGCAGAGCAAACUGGAUGCAAAAGGAUCUGGAAGAGAUGACCCCUUUGCACUUGACCACUCGGCACAAGAGCCCCAAGUGUUUGGCGCUUCUGCUGAAGUUUAUGGCACCAGGAGAAGUGGAUACACAGGAUAAAAACAAGCAAACGGCUCUGCAUUGGAGUGCCUAUUACAAUAACCCGGAGCACGUGAAGCUGCUCAUUAAGCACGAUUCCAACAUCGGAAUCCCUGACGUCGAAGGCAAGAUCCCACUUCACUGGGCAGCUAACCACAAAGAUCCCAGUGCUGUUCAUACGGUGCGAUGCAUCCUGGACGCUGCUCCCACGGAGUCCUUACUGAACUGGCAAGACUACGAGGGUCGGACACCUCUUCACUUUGCGGUCGCUGAUGGGAAUGUGACAGUGGUUGAUGUCUUGACCUCAUAUGAAAGCUGCAAUAUAACGUCUUACGACAACUUAUUUCGAACCCCACUUCACUGGGCAGCUUUGCUAGAGGACAUCUCUUUGCCCAAGUCAAGGAUGCCAAACAGUUUCCUGAGCUUUUCCUCUGGACCCUUCUCUAGAUCAUGUUCUGAGAUGACAUGUCUCAGUAGUCUGCCUGUGAUCUCACUUUGCCCACCUCAGAGAACUCCAUCUGCGUCAUACCUGGGAGCAGCUCUUCACUUGCGGAAACCACAUCCCCCAGAAUGCGCUGCGGAGUAUUUUCUCUGCCACCACCUCAUCAUUCCUGCCACACGUUUUCUGGGAUUUGAAAUCACCACCUACUGUGAAAAAAGUGGAGGCCAUGCACAGAUUGUCCAUCUCCUUUUAGAAAGAAAUAAAUCUGGAACCAUCCCAUCCGACAGCCAAGGAGCAACACCCUUGCACUAUGCAGCUCAGAGUAACUUUGCCGAAACAGUUAAAGUAUUUUUAAAACAUCCUUCAGUGAAAGAUGAUUCAGACCUGGAAGGAAGAACAUCCUUUAUGUGGGCUGCUGGAAAAGGCAGUGAUGAUGUCCUUAGGACUAUGCUGAGUUUAAAAUCUGACAUUGAUAUUAACAUGGCAGACAAAUACGGAGGUACAGCAUUACAUGCCGCGGCCCUUUCUGGCCACGUCAGCACCGUGAAGUUAUUGUUGGAAAAUAAUGCUCAAGUAGAUGCCACUGAUGUCAUGAAGCACACUCCACUUUUCCGAGCCUGUGAGAUGGGACACAAAGAUGUGAUCCAGACACUUAUUAAAGGUGGAGCAAGGGUAGAUCUAGUGGAUCAAGAUGGACACUCUCUCCUACAUUGGGCAGCACUGGGAGGAAAUGCUGAUGUUUGCCAGAUCUUGAUAGAAAAUAAGAUCAAUCCAAAUGUGCAAGAUUACGCGGGAAGAACCCCUCUGCAGUGCGCUGCCUAUGGCGGCUACAUCAACUGCAUGGCAGUGCUCAUGGAAAACAAUGCAGACCCUAACAUUCAAGACAAAGAGGGAAGAACAGCUUUGCACUGGUCCUGUAACAACGGAUAUCUUGAUGCCAUUAAAUUACUGUUAGACUUUGCUGCUUUUCCUAAUCAGAUGGAAAAUAAUGAAGAAAGGUACACUCCCCUUGACUAUGCCUUGCUCGGUGAGCGCCAUGAAGUGAUCCAGUUCAUGUUGGAGCACGGCGCCCUGUCCAUCGCAGCCAUACAAGACAUCGCUGCCUUCAAAAUCCAGGCGGUCUACAAAGGGUACAAGGUCAGAAAAGCUUUUCGAGAUCGGAAAAAUCUCCUCAUGAAGCACGAACAGUUGAGAAAAGAUGCUGCUGCCAAGAAGCGAGAGGAAGAAAACAAACGAAGAGAGGCAGAACAGCAGAAGGGAAGGCUGAGCCCAGAUUCCUGCAGAUCCCAAGCCCCUCCCUGUGUGGCCAGCACCCAGGCUGAGCCCCACAGGCAGAGCUGGACCCCCAGCAAACAGCAUCCCACCAGCAGCGCAGCCCAGGACCCUGAGGGUAGAGCCUGUCGAGGAUCUCCAGGCAGAGCCCCCCAGAGGGAGGCUGGGAACAGCCCCCCAGAUGUGCAGGGAACAGAGCCCAGAAAGCCAAAUGAAUCAUCCAGAGAACACUCUAAAGGCCGAUCUGCCUGUGUCCACUUCAGCCCCAGUAAAGGCAAGGAUGGAAACAGGCAUCCGGGAGUCUCCUCUGUUGAGAAGUCCGGAGGUGAGACAGUUGGUGAGCGGCGGUGUGACAAGGGGAAAGGCUUCUUGAAGCAGCCCUCCUGUAUCAGGGCGGCUGGGCCUGAUGAGGAAGGAGAGGACCCCGGUUGGGCAGCUGCAAGCCUUCCACAGCAGGAUGGCCACCGGAAGCCCGGCAGGCGGCAGGACCCAGCACCCAAGGCCAGGUGUGCUUCCCAAAAGAGGCGCAUUCAAGAGCUCAGAGGAGGAAGGGGCUCCCCGGCUGGUUCUAGCCGGCCUGGCAGUGCCAAGGGGGAGGUGGUCCACGCUGGGCAGCAUCCUCUCCACCAUCGGACACCAAGAAACAAAGUGACACAGGACAAGCUCGCAGGAGGGAUCUACUCAGAUUUGCCACGGAGCACAGAGGUGUUGAGGUCGGGAGUCAGGAAGCUGGGAACAUCUGCCCUGUCUGAGGACACCCAGCUAUCCAAGGAGACUGAUCCAGCACCUGGUCCCCUCUCUGGGCAGAGUGUCAAUAUUGACCUUCUCCCCGUAGAACUGCGGCUGCAGAUAAUCCAGAGAGAAAGGAGCAGGAAAGAGCUGUUUCGCAAGAAGAACAAGGCGGCCGCGGUCAUCCAGCGGGCCUGGAGAAGCUACCAGCUUAGGAAGCACCUGUCCCACCUUCUGCACAUGAAGCAGCUUGGAACCAGAGAUGUGGACAGAUGGAACCGAGAGUGCCUGGCAUUGCUGCUCCAAGUUUGGAGGAAAGAACUGGAACUAACCCCCCCAAAGACCACUGCAGUAAGCAGGACCACGAAGAGUCCAUCCAAGGGCAGCUCAGGCACAAAGUCCACCAGACACUUAGUACUCAAGCAAAUCUACGGUUGUUCUCAAGAAGGGAAAGUUCCUCAUCCCACAAGAUCUUCCAAAGCCCAUCCUGUGCUGCGUCUCAAUUCAGUGAGAAACUUGCAGUGUAUACACCUCCUUGAGAAUAGUGGAAGAUCAAAGAAUUUUUCUUAUAACCUGCAAUCAGCUACUCAAUCAAAAACCAAAACAAAGCUUCGACCACCUGUGGAGGAAGACCGUGUCCGGGGGAGCUGGAAUAGCUAGUGCAGAGUUCUAAUUCUCUGAUUAACUUUUCCAUCUUGAGAAAACUUUAAUAUUCAUGCCUCAAGCCUUAUUAGCCUGAAAACAUGGUAACAACUGAAUGACAAUGUCAGGAUGUUUUCUUUCUGCUCUUAUACAGCACUGUUAGCCUGUGCUACAACUACCACAGUAGACUAUACCCGUGCAAAACUUCCUAGCUGUCUGCCCUCACUUCGUCAGUAUAGCUAUAAAGUAGAACACAUAAUUAACAGUAACGUCUAAGCCAAACUAAGAACAUGAGCACUAACAUGAGAUUUCUGCCAGCCAGCUGAUGCAAGCCUGGUUUUUUGGCUCCAGGGAAGAACCUACAUGAGAGGGGGAAGAGUCUGUCCUAUAGCAGCCAUUUUUAUCAGUUGGACCAGACCAUUCAUGCAUAACCUACCAAUUCACUUGUAUUUUCUGCCUGACCUAUAGGUGAGCAAGCUUGUCAAAAUGCCAUUCCUAUUGGCAGGGAAAACUGCUAAACCUACAUACAUUCAAGCUAUAAGAACACCUGGCAUAAAUUUCAGUGGUUAUAGGCUUUUUCACAUUUUUAAAAAAGUUUUAUUUAUAUCUGGGGUGCCUGGGUGGCUCAGUCGAUUAAGCGUCCAACUUCAGCUCAGGUCAUGAACUCAUGGUUCAUGGGUUCGAGCCCCCUGUUCUGACAGCUCAGAGCCUGGAGCCUGCUUUGGAUUCUGUGUCUCCCUCUCUCUGUUCCUCCCCUUUGGAUUCUCUCUCUUCUCAAAAAUUAAAAAAAAAAUUGUUUUUGAGAGAGAGCGUAAGCAGGGAAAGGGGUGGGAGUGGAGUGGGAGGAAGGGACAGAGGAUUGGAAGCAGGCUCUGCGCAGACAGCAAGCUUGAUUCGGGGCUCAACCUCACAAGCUCCAAGAUCAUGACCUUAGCCGAAGUCGGAUACUCAACCAACGGAGCCACCCAAGUGCCCCAGUUUUUUCACAUUUUUAAGAGGAAAGCUACCAUAGGAUUGUAGACAGAAGGCAUAAACAGUGGCAUGUUAGGCCCAAAUAUUUGUAGUAGGAGCAUUUCCAUUUUCUUAAGAUUACUGCCACCCCUGUCCUGACAGGUAGAGAUAAGCAGCAAUAAAGUGUUAGUUACCUUGAUUUUUGUUACAAUUUGCUAAUUAUUUCAUAAUUAUGAAAAUAGUUAAUCCUUGAACAACCAGGUUUGUGUGGGUCCUCUUAACAUGGAUUUUUUUCCAAUAAAUGUAUAUAGUAUCAAUAAAUAUAGCCAUGGUACUGCAAA